UGCCGAGCAGUUCUAAUACUUGCUCAACUACGCUAACUAAUCUCGCACACCCAACCACGUCAUGGCACAGCUCAAUGUACGCCCCAUCAGCAAAGAGCUGCAACAGAUCGCCAUUAAGCAGCUGAAUGAAGUGCCCGAACGCAUAGGCGCCGACAUUGAAGCACUGCGCACCUGGAUUCAACAACAGCCGCAUUUGCGUGCACGUGACGAUGAUCAGUUUCUGUUGAGCUUUUUGCGAGGCUGCAAAUUCAGUUUGGAAAAGGCAAAAAGCAAGAUCGAUAAAUUCUAUACAUUACGCACAAAAUAUCCGGAAUUCUUUGGUGCCUACGAUGCGGAUGAGGCGAUCGUUAGAGCGCUCAUCAAUGCUGGCUUAAUUUUAUUGCUGCCAACGCCAUUGAAUGAAAGUGGGCCACGUAUUAUACUUAUCCACCAGGGUGGGCUGCCCGCUGACAAAUAUACGUUUGAGCAGUUCUCUCGCGCCGUUAGUCACUUACAAGAAAUCAUAAUACGUGACGACGACUAUGCCAUCAUAUCCGGCAUGAUUUCGAUUAUUGAUGUUGAGGAUUGUACGCCCGCACAUGUCAUGCAAAUGACGCCGAGCAUUAUGAAGAAAAUGUCCAUACAUGCGGAGGAGGCGGUGCCGUUGCGUCCGCAACAACAGCAUUUCAUACAUAUCCCAAGUGGUUUUGAGGCGUUUUUCAAUUUAAUGAAGCCACUGAUGACCAAAAAACAACAGGAGCGAAUUUCAGUGCACGCCGACAAAUUGGAUAGAUUUUACGAUCACGUUCCUCAGCGUUAUUUGCCAGUCGAAUAUGGAGGCGAUAAUGGCACCAUAAAAGAUAUUAUAGAUUACACAAAUAAACAGUUAGACGAGUAUCGUGAAUAUUUUAAGGAAAAUGUGAACUAUGGCACCGAUGAGAGUUUACGUAUGGGUAAGCCCAUCGAUUUUGAUAAUUUGUUCGGAGUGGAAGGUUCUUUCAGAAAAUUGGAAGUAGACUAG